AUGGGUAAUUCUCAAUCUCUUAAUCUUCAACCACCAGGAUCCGGUAAAGACGAUAAGAGUAAAGAUGAUAAAGAUAAAGAUAAAAAGAAAAAAUGGGAGCCACCACUUCCCACACUAUUUCCUACAACAAGAUGUCGUCUUAAAUUGUUAAAGAUGGAACGUAUAAAGGAUUAUUUAUUAAUGGAAGAAGAAUUUGUUCAAAAUCAAGAAAGAUUAAAACCACAAGAAGAAAAAGCACAAGAGGAAAGAACAAGAGUUGAUGAUUUGCGUGGAUCACCAAUGGGAGUUGGUACAUUGGAAGAAAUUAUAGAUGAUGACCAUGCGAUUGUUUCAUCUUCUACAGGUCCAGAAUAUUACGUUAGCAUUUUAUCAUUUGUUGAUAAAGAUCUAUUGGAGCCUGGAUGCUCAAUUCUUUUGCAUCACAAGGCCAUGUCUGUUGUUGGAGUACUCCAGGAUGAUACGGAUCCAAUGGUCAGUGUUAUGAAACUUGAGAAAGCGCCCACUGAAUCAUAUGCUGACAUUGGUGGAUUAGAACAACAAAUCCAAGAGAUUAAAGAGUCAGUAGAAUUACCAUUAACACAUCCAGAAUUAUAUGAGGAAAUGGGAAUAAAACCUCCAAAAGGGGUUAUUUUAUAUGGGGUUCCGGGAACAGGUAAAACACUUUUAGCAAAAGCCGUAGCCAAUCAAACAUCAGCUACAUUUUUACGUGUUGUUGGGUCUGAGCUGAUUCAAAAAUAUCUUGGGGAUGGUCCAAAACUUGUACGUGAAUUGUUUCGUGUUGCAGAAGAACAUGCACCAUCAAUAGUAUUUAUUGACGAAAUAGAUGCCAUUGGAACGAAACGUUAUGAAUCAAAUUCUGGGGGCGAGAGAGAAAUUCAAAGAACUAUGUUGGAAUUAUUAAAUCAAUUAGAUGGUUUUGAUUCUAGAGGAGAUGUCGUCAUGGCGACAAAUCGUAUAGAAUCACUUGAUCCUGCUUUGAUUCGCCCAGGACGUAUUGAUCGUAAAAUAGAAUUUCCAUUACCAGAUGUAAAAACUAAAAGAAGGAUUUUUAAUAUACAUACUGGUAGGAUGACUUUAUCAGAUGAUGUAGACCUUGAAGAAUUUGUCAUGUCUAAGGAUGAUUUAAGCGGUGCAGAUAUUAAGGCUAUCUGUACUGAAGCAGGCUUAUUAGCGCUUCGAGAACGACGUAUGAAAGUGGUUGCAGAAGAUUUAAGGAAGGCAAAAGAAAAGGUUUUAUACCCCCUCUAG